GAAGAACCAACCAAACAAAAAGAGACGAAAAUUUAAAAAAUUCUGUCUAAAUGUCUCUCUCUUUUUAAGUUGUCGUCUUCUCGCACAUGAUUCUUCUUCUUCCUCGAGAUGACAAGGCUAGAGAAAGAGAUUCUAUCAGACCGAUCAUCAUAACUACUGUGUUUUCUGGGAUUUCCAUCAGGUUUCGUCGCUGAAAGUGAAAAAGUUGCUUUGCUUUUGGCUUUCAUUUCAUGGUUUCCGCGGGAAACAUUCGCCCUCCCUUUUGACGCAAAAGACGAGAAGAAGUAGUAAGAACAGGGUCUUUCUGGUGUAUAACAUGAGUCCGAUGUUGAGCUUAUAGUAACAAGUAGGAGAAGUAACGUUGACUAUUUGUGUGAUGUUGAGGAAACAUGAAUACUUAUACAACAACUUCGUCACAUUUUGUUCCACCGACAAGGUUUGAAAUCUACGACCCUCUCAACCAAAUAAGUACUAUGUGGGAAGAAAGUUUCAAGAACAAUAAUGGAGGCUUCUAUACUCCUAACUCUGUCAUCAUCCCCUCAAACGAAAAACCAGACAGCUUGAGUGAAGAUGGAACAGGAGGGACUCCUCACAAGUUUGACCAAGAGGCUUCCACAUCUAGACAUCCUGAUAAGACACAGAGACGGCUUGCACAGAAUCGUGAAGCUGCUAGGAAAAGUCGUCUGCGUAAGAAAGCUUAUGUUCAGCAGCUAGAGACAAGCCGGUUGAAGCUAAUUCAUUUAGAGCAAGAACUUGAUCGUGCUAGACAACAGGGUUUCUAUGCGAGCAACCGUGUAGAUACUAAUCCUCUUAGUUUCCCAGAUGACAUGGGCUCAGGGAUUGUUGCAUUUGAGAUGGAGUAUGGACACUGGGUGGAAAAACAGAACAGGCAAAUAAGCGAGCUAAGAAGUGUUUUACACGGACAAGUUAGCGAUGUAGAACUUCGUUUGCUAGUUGACAAUGCAAUGAAACACUACUUUCAACUCUUCCGAAUGAAGUCAGCUGCUGCAAAACUAGAUGUCUUCUACAUCAUGUCUGGAAUGUGGAAAACUUCAGCAGAACGGUUCUUCUUGUGGAUAGGUGGGUUUAGACCCUCGGAGCUUCUCAAGGUUCUGUUGCCGCAUUUUGAUCCUAUGAUGGAUCAACAAGUGUUGGAUGUAUGUAACUUGAGGCAAUCAUGUCAACAAGCGGAAGAUGCAGUAUCUCAAGGUAUGGAGAAACUGCAACAUACAUUAGCAGAGAGUGUAGCAGCUGGGGAACUCGGUGAAGGAAGUUAUGUUCCUCAAAUAACUUGUGCUAUCGAGAGAUUGGAGGCUUUGGUCAGCUUUGUUAAUCAGGCUGAUAAUCUGAGACAUGAGACAUUGCAACAGAUGCAUCGGAUCUUAACCACGAGACAAGCGGCUAGAGGAUUGUUAGCAUUAGGUGAAUAUUUCCAAAGGCUUAGAGCUUUAAGCUCGAGUUGGGAAACACGGCAACGUGAACCAACAUAAGCAAGGAGAUUAAAUUUCAAGAACAAGAACAUAAGCUUGUGUUUGAUGAUAAUAUAAUGAUUUUCUUCUCUUGCGGCUUUGACGAAAAUUGUAAAUAUCAUCAGCAACGUAAAGCUUGUGGCUAGAAACCCAAGCUGUAAAUAUGUAGAUCAUGUAUGAUUUGCUUGUGGUAUAUUAUACGUUAUAGUGUAUGUUUAUAAUAAUUA